GUUAGUAAGAAGUUAGUGUCAAACAAAAGUGCGCGCUUGCGUCGCUCGGUCGUCCGUCUGUAGCACGCGCCAUGCCGCUGUGCGACAAGUGGGUCGCGCUCAAGAUCCUACAGUUCUUGUUCUGCGUGGCGUGCCUGGUUGCGAAGCGAGUGUCCUCUGACGACGAGGCUCGCCUGGCGCUGCUCUUGCAGAAGUUUUCGCGGGAGUGGUCGCUCCUCACGUCCGUUACCUGGGACUCUGUUGGCGGAGCCUUUGCUGAUGCCACAUAUGGAGGUUACGUGAUAAUAACCUUCGCACUUAUAUUGGGUCGAAUCUUUCAAGAAGUACCGAAAGGAAGGCGGAUUUUGGAAGGUUUCCUGCUAGGAAUUGGAAUGCUUUUCUUUUUAAUUUUGGGUGGUCUAGAGCUGGCGUCACUAGACUCAGUCCCAAGAAACUUAAUAGUAAACGCGUCUGUUCUCGGAUCGCUGUCGCUCGCUACCGCUAUUCUAUUUCUAAUAGACCUUCUGGGCCCCAGAGUGUACACAGCAACACGACCUUCGCAAACCGAUCCAUUUUCUUCGCCGAAACCUGAGAAGAAAGUUUCAAUACUGACCCAUACGCCGGCGGCAACCAACGGUCACGUCCCUAAUGGAAAGCAUAACGGACACGUCCCUGCUGAAAGACCUAAAGAUUUAGAUCUUAACAAAGCUAAGGAAAAAGAAACGAAAAAAGAAGAGACCAGCUUGUUUGACGAACCCGACAGUGGCUUCACGAAAAUAGAUAAUCUUCCAAUAGAGAAAGAUCUAGAAAGAUCGAAGUUUGGAUCUUUGCGCAACGGCGUCGAGGCAGGAAAUUAUGUUCGACUCUCAGAUCCGUUGUCGAUACCGGACAAAUUGCAUUACGAACAAGAGCUUGCAAAAUUCAAUGAAAAAUAUCUAAGAGACUAUUUAGAUAACGUAGCGGGCAGGUUGCCGGUGAAAGAAGACUAUUUGCCAGAACUUCAAACGCCGGUGUUCUCUAAAGUUAAGUCGGGGCGAUUGAAAAAUUUACAUGACGAACUCUCCCCGACGUAUGACAAAAAACGUCAAUCAAAGUCUCCUACGAGAGCGAAGACGGUUCCUUCACCGACGAUUCAGCAACUUGAAGAUUACUUGCGGAGUUCCAAUAGAUCAAGAAGAUCCGAAACUCCGGCCAUGUUCCCGAUGGAGCCGAUCGAGGAGAAAGACAGGGAAGGACCGGACAUAGAAGGAAGGGCGACCGGUACUCCCACGGAUCCCGGCUACGUGCACUAUACGGCGGGCAAGUGGCCUGACAGAGGGAGGCAAAUACGGACGCCCAGGCACAGUCCGACGCAGUGAAUUACAUAAUGAUCGACGACUGGACUUAGUCAUCGCGAGACGCGAACUUGAUGUGGCGUGAUUAAUGAGUGGUUUGUGCAAUUAAUGGCUGAGCUGACGAGUGGCUGAGAUCGACGGAUUCGAGUAAUUAAUAAGUUUUCCGGUUUGUAUGUACGACUAAUUAACUGUUAACCAAAUAUCUUUAUAAUGCUGCCAUAGUCUGGUGUCAUAGUGGUUUAUGUGUACAGUAUUCCGAUUUUUUAUAAUAGUUAUCGUUUUACAAGCUUUUAUCUAACUUUACCUGUUAGAAGUUGUAAAUCUUGCUAGGGCCGGAUUUACUGUCUUGGAGGUCCUGGAGCAAUAACCACCCAAUUGACCAACUUCUUAUGUUUACUUACCUUAUUUUCUCUAAAGUUCUUUUAAUUACCUUAAACACUGUUAAUAUUUUAAUAUUAAUUUUAUAUGUGCAAAUAUAUUUAAUAUUAAAAAUAAAGUACGCAGGGACUUAAAACAAUUGAGAAUACUUAGUUCGACUAUGUUUUAGAGCUAUAGUCGUCAUUUGUCUUUGUUUUUAUAUAUAUGUGUGACUCAUUUCAUCAAACUUUAGCUAGGUUUCAUUGUAAUUAGUUCCCAUACAUAAGAUAAAUUAAUAUAGCUUGUAUUUGAUAUCUACAAAUUUUUUGUGUUCGUAAUAAAUUGUCGUUUAUGUAUUUUUAAUUAUGUUUUUAUUGUUGGAAAUACCUCUUAAUAAAAAUUGUUUAGCUAUUCGUUAAAGACAAAAGAAUUAAUAGUCAUGGGUUUUAAACCUCGCUUGGCGACGGAAGUUCGUUGCUCUUAAGUGGAAGAUUAAAGUUAAUUUGAAAAUAA